AUGCGCACCAUCCGCUCCGCCCUGCUGCAGCUGGACUCCGUCCUGGGCUCCCUGCCGGCCCCACGCGAUGGCGGUAGCGGCAACGUGGGUGACUGCAAUAUUGAGAACCUCACCGACUCCGUCAUCAACUUCCACCUCAACGCGCUCACCGCCAUUGUAGGGCUCGCGCACCAGCGGCCGUCACCAAGGCCGCGCCUAGAGGCGGCGUUCCUGGCGCUGCAGUGCGCGGCACACCUGGCCGCCGCGGCGGUGGUCGUGCACGAGAAGCGGUUCCGCGCGGCGGCGCACCGGAUGCCAAAGCCAUCGAAGCAAUCGAAAGUUCCCUGCGAGAUCGGAUCAUCGGAGAGGAGGAGAACGACGACGAUCGGGAUCCAGAUCGCUCUCGAUCCCGGAGGAUGUCGCUGUCGGAGCUGCAGGAGCGGGCGCGGUUCGUGCAGUCGUCGGCCGGCGAGCGCCGGCGUGCACUUCGACGAGGAGCGGUGGCUGAGCCGGGUGCGGCGGAGCCUGGAGCGGGAGGCGGCGGAGGCGCUGGGCGCCGCGGCCAAGGUGUUCGACGUGCCGCGCGUGCUCAGGGCCACGCGGCCGGAGGCGUACCUGCCGCAGCACUUCGCGCUGGGGCCCUACCACUGCAACCGCCCCGAGCUGAGGGACAUGGAGCGCUACAAGCUCGCCGCCGCCAAGCGCGCCGAGAAGCUCUUCGCCGACGGCCGCAAGUUCGACGACCUCGUGCAGCGCCUGCUCCAGGCCCAGGAGCAGAUGAGGGCGCCAUACCACAGGUUCCUUGAACUGAGCGACCAGACGUUGGCAUGGAUGAUGGCCAUCGACACGUGCUUCCUCCUCGACUUCCUCGAGAGCUACCACCGCGACGAGGUCACCGACAUGGUCUCCUCGGCGACCAACUGGAUCAACGCCACCGUGCGCGACGCCAUGAGGCUCGAGAACCAGCUCCCGCUCUUCCUCUUCUCCCAGGCCCUCGCGCUCCGCCACCCCACCGAGCAGGCCGCCGCCGGCGCGCUGCACGCCGUCCUCGACCGCUUCAUCAAGGAGGUGUCCCCGAUCAAGACGACCGCCGAGCUCGUCGUGGCCGACGUCGCCAGGCACGCGCACAUGCUCGAGCUCCUCUACCACUUCCUCGUCCCCGACGCGGCCGUCUUCGACGGGGACGGCGACCGGGAGCCGCCGCCGAUGGUUCGGGUCAGUGUUCAAGCUGCCGGUGCCAGCAGGCGGCGAGGGGCGGUAGCCUAUUCUGUCGAUGGUCGCAGUCUUGCAGGUGAAAUCGCCGGUUAUAUUGCAACCCAAAAAUAUGUCAGAUUUGCAAUGUUGCAGAGGGGGAAAAAAAUGACCUAAACAGUAAAGUAAAA